CACGCUUGGCAUGUUUUUUGGCCAUUUUUCUGUGCCUCGUUCCAGCUCCUCGGGACGAUCCGUAAGAAAUGAACCUGGAUCCUGCUCCUGAAAGUUGAUGGCAAAUUUUAAAUGCCCCAAAUAUUCGGAGGCGAAGCAGAAUGCUGAGGAGAGACACAUCUCGAUCUUAUCAGGAGUUUAACGGUGAAGACUGUGCUGGGCCACUUGGGUCUUACCAGAACAAUGAUGUUUCUGAAGUGGAGCAAGAUCAAGCCAGCUGUGACCCUUCACCAGAUGAGGACAUUGUGGACAACAAUGUAAUGCCCACUGGUUUCAACAAAGCGUGCCUGAAGAAUGUUUUCACAGUCAUCCUUGUCCUCAUUUAUUUGCUGCUCACUACGGUCGCUGUGUUCUUGGCCUACCAAACCAUUUCAGACUUCAUGGAGAAGCUCAACCAUCCAGUCAUGUCUGUUUCAUACAAAGAGGUUGAGGAGUUUACUGCACCAGGAAUAGCUUUGUAUCCUGGGAAGGCACAGUUAUUAAGCUGCGUUCAUCAUUAUCAUGACAACAUUCCACCUCUUGUUGCAUUGGGCAUACUAGAGGAGAGAAAAUGUAUAAAAGAGGAGGUUAUUUACCACGGGCCAUAUUCAAACCAGACACAACAGAAGCGAGCCAUAGUUGUCAGAGGGCCGACUGAUGUGAGGAACCGAGAACUUAUAUUCCUCCAGUUCAGCCGGAAUGAAACGGAAGAGGACUUCAGCGCAAUCAGUUACAUGAUUUUUGCCAAAUUUAGUGACAUGCUUGAAAGCUCAGAUAAAGCUGCUUUUAUGAUGGACUGUGAAAGGAAUUACUCAAUGUGGACCUUUUCUGGAGGCUUUCGGACAUGGGUCAAAAUGUCUUUGGUCAAGACGUCAGGCAGAGGAAAUGAAUCAGUUGAAUUUAGACAGGAGUCCAGUGUUGUGAAGUACAUCGACAAGAGGCCACCACAAGAGCAAGCCAAUGAGCUUUUCUUUGUUGUGUUUCAAUGGCGAGAUCCAUUUAUACAGCAAGUAAAAGAUAUAGUCACAGCAAACCCAUGGAACACCAUAGCCAUAUUGUGUGGCGUCUUCAUGGCUCUGUUUAAAGCAGCAGACUUUGCCAAACUCAGCAUUAAGUGGACAAUCAAAAUUCGUAAAAGACACUUGAGGGCAAAAAUAAGAGAACUGAACCAAAUAAGCUAAUUCUUUUCUGAUUCAUCAUAUCUUAAUU